GCCAUGACAACACUGACUUCAGCCUCUGCCACCUACUCGGGCUCCAAGCCCACUGGGUGCUGGCUGAUGGCUCGGUGCGGGCAGCAGCGGACAGAGGAUGUCCUCAAUGUUCGGCAAACCCCGAGCUGGCGGCGAGCGGCCGCCCCAGAGCCCCCUCGCUGAAUGCAACGUGGCCAUCCUGGGGUGCCGAGGGGCCGGCAAGUCAGCUUUGACCGUGAAGUUUCUAACCAAGAGGUUCAUAAGCGAAUAUGAUCCGAACUUGGAGGACACCUAUGCCUCAGAGGAGCUGGUGGACCAGCAGCCCGUGCUGCUGAAGGUGAUGGACACCGCCGACCAGGACGGCCCCGGGAACUGCGAGCGCUACCUGCACUGGGCCAGCGCCUUCCUCGUUGUCUACAGCAUCGAUGAUAGGAAGAGCUUCGAGGGCUGCCAGCACUACCUGGAGGUCCUUGCCCUGCACGUGAGGGGCUGCCAGCGUCGCUGCCCCGUGCUCCUGCUGGGCAACAAGCUGGACAUGGAGCAGUACAGGCAGGUGCCCGCAGCCGAAGGGAUGUCGCUGGCGAGCAGGUUCGGGUGCCUCUUCUAUGAGGUGUCGGCGUGCCAGGACUUCGCCAGGGUGCAGCACGUCUUCUAUGAAGCCGUGCGGGAGGUGCGGCACCAGGCGGAGCAGAGCCUGCCUGUCCGGCCACUCUUCAUCACCGAGGAGCGUCCCUGCCCACCGGUGGCCACGCCGGUCACCCUGCCCACCCGCCAUGGCUUGGCCAGCUGCACCUUCAACACCCUCUCCACCGUGAACUACAAGGAGAUGCCCUCGGUGGCCCAGGCCAAGCUGGUCACCGUCAAGUCCUCACGAGCUCAGAGCAAGAGGAAAGCUCCCACGCUCACCUUGCUGAAAGGUUUCAAGAUAUUUUAGGACGCAUCCCUGUGGGCUGCAGAGGGGGUGGCGAGAGACCCCCCGUCCCCCCGGCUCCGCAAGGGCUGAGACCAUCCACGACGGACUC